AUGCAUGUUGAUCAUCCUGGAAAGCUUCAAUCAAAGAAAGCUUUCAAAGCUGCAAUCACAAAAGCUCAAAAUUCAUAUUUUACUUUAUCAUAUUUUCUUCAUCAUUUUCUCAUCAUUAUUAAUAGUAAUUAUAAACGACGAUCAAAAAGUUUUUUUUUUCUUCUUCAUUUGCAUAAUCACUGA